AUGAAAGGCAUACAAAAAUAAAAGCUUAUGACCAAGAAAACGGAGCUGUCAUAUUGUAAAAUACUUUAGAGAAAGAUAUACAAGCUAUAAUUAGCUAUUGUAUCAAAGAAAUUAAGAAUAUGGUGUUUGUUUUUAUGGUAUCUAUCUAUUGCUAUUUGA